UGAAAGUAUCACACACUCCCUGCAGUCGUUAAGCCAGAGAGCAGCAGAAGAAAAGCAGAGAGGUGUCCAGGGGAGGUCUAACGGCACCAUCCCAGAUUACCCUGCACCUAUUUUAAAAGCGUUGAUUGGCCGAUGCCAUGUUUGCUGCUGACUUUGGCUCACUUGGAAGAACAUCAAGAUAACUAAAUUGUCACCCUGCAUGAGAUGUGCAAACAGUUCUAAACAGAAACUUCAAGGAGCUAUAUAAGAACCGCAUCUCAAGGACAACAGUGGCUCUCAAUGGUGACCCUCCAAUGUAAAGAUGGACUGCAUAGCAACAGAGUUCUUCACAGCUUCUUGAUGCGCAUCCGAAGGAAACGUUCAUCCAAAACGCCAACGAAACAAAAGAAGAUAAAGGACUCCCGUUGCCUGCACCGCUGAUAUGAUGCUGUGCUGCACUUUUCUGUAUCACUUGCUGUCUUUGGCAGCGAUUGUCGUGAUUGUAAGCUGCGGAGCUGGCGAGCAGAGGAGAGGAACGGAUAGUAGUACAGGUGGCAGUAGCAACACCGGAGGAAGCGGUAGCAGACGAUUUCAUAAGAUCCAGCACGGCCAGUGUACCUACACCUUCAUUCUCCCUGAAGGAACGGAGGAUUCCUGUCGAGAGGCAAAAGGUGGAAGCCCGCAGUAUAAUGCAAAUUCUCUCCAGAGAGAUGCACCGCCACCUGAUACAGACUUUCCGAAACAGAAGAUCCAGCAGCUUGAACAUAUUAUGGAGAAUUACACACAGUGGCUACAGAAGAUUGAGAAUUACAUCAAAGAAAGAAUGAAAACAGAAAUGGCUCAGCUGCAACAGAGCGCCGUUCACAACCACACGGCGGCCAUGUUGGAAAUGGGUACCAACAUUCUCUCUCAAACCGCAGAACAAACACGGAAGCUGACGGAUGUUGAAACGCAGGUUUUAAAUCAAACAUCAAGGCUUGAGAUCCAGCUGCUGGAAAAUUCUCUUUCCACUAACAAGUUGGAGAAGGAGUUAAUGGUCCAGACCAAUGAGAUCACCAAGCUCCAUGACAAAAACAGCCUCCUUGAGCAGAAGAUGUCAGAGAUGGAGAUGAGGCACCGUGAAGAAUUGGAGACUCUAAAGCAGGAGAAGGGACGUCUCCAUCUUCUUGUUGGUCAGCAGAGCGGGGUUAUUAAAGAGCUUGAAUCCCAGUUGAGUCGGGCCACAGGAAAUAGCACUGCCCUGCAAAGACAACAACAGGAGAUGAUGGACACUGUCCACAACUUACUCAACCUUUGCUCCAAAGAUGGAGUCCCGAAGGUCCUGGAUGAAGAAAAGAAGUUCCGCGAUUGUGCCGACCUUUACCAGGCUGGCUUUCAUAAGAAUGGCGUCUACAACAUCCAGAUCAACCAGCAGGAGAACAAAAGGGUGUAUUGCAACAUGGAAACAGCUGGCGGUGGAUGGACGAUCAUCCAGCGGCGGGAAGACGGCAGUGUGGAUUUCCAGAGAACGUGGAAGGAAUACAAAAUGGGUUUUGGAAGCACAUCUGCAGAGCACUGGUUGGGGAAUGAAUACGUUUAUCUGUUGACCAGCCAAAGGCAGUACAUUCUGCGCGUCGAACUGACAGACUGGGAUGGACACCAGGCCUUCUCACUAUAUGAUCGCUUUCAAAUUGGCAGCGAGAAACAGAACUACAGGCUGUUCCUGAAAAGUCACAGUGGGACGGCAGGCAGACAGAGCAGUCUAGUGAUCCACGGAGCAGACUUCAGCACCAAGGACAUGGACAAUGACAACUGCAUGUGCAAGUGCGCCCUUAUGUUCACCGGCGGUUGGUGGUUUGAUGCUUGCGGCCCUUCCAACCUGAACGGCAUGUACUUUGUGCAAGGGCAGCACAUAGGGAAGGUAAAUGGUAUCAAGUGGCACUACUUUAAGGGUCCCAGCUACUCACUACGAGCCACAGCCAUGAUGAUCCGCCCGCUAGAGUUCUCCUAGCCUUCAAACCUGGCUAUUUAGCGCAUUCGUCUUGGGAUGCCUCCAGUUUUGUCCUCAUCUCAUUGCACCGGCCAUGCUUCAUAACUUUUUCCUCUGCAAUAUGAACUUUGAUGGUAAAGUCUUGUGGAAGAAAACGACAAGAAAUGAUUUAUAGUCUUGUUCAGAUUAGGUACAGAUGCAAUUAUUUAAAGGACAACAUUGGUGUCAAACGUGUUUAACCAACAAAGGGAUUGUGUGUGGAAUUUUGAAACAUGCAUCAAGAGGAGAAGGAUUUUUUCCCCCCAGUUGUAAAAAGGAGGACGGUCUGAAUAGAACAUUCAUGUUGGAUGGCAGAGCAGCGAGGACUCACAAACUGCAGGACAGAAUGGAUCUUUUAUGCUCUGAGGACACAACUCCCACAUCUGUCUUUUUGUAUAUUAUUUUUUUUGCCUUCAUUGUUAUACUUGUAAAUGUUUUUUAAGUAUUCAUCUCUUAUUCAAAUAUCCACAAUCACACGAAUGAGUAUUACAGUACGAUGUAUUUUGAAUAAGAACCACGCUCCGUUUAAAAGGUGACCUUUAUUUCAAUGUUAUUUGAAGGAGACAUAUUGCAGAUUGUUUUACGCUUGAUGUGUUAUGGGAGAACUUGUCAAAGUACAGUGUAAACAAAAUAAAUAAUAAUGAUUUACGGUCCAGUACUGGCAUCUGUGGUUGCCAAAAUGUUACUUUAACAGUAACGGAAAACUGUCAAAUAAAAGUUUGUUGAAUUGUAGACUCGUCAGCUGACUUGUGCUACUGAAAACCAGUUAGAACAAGUGCUGCGUGUGUAAAAGGUUAGGAAAUUCUUCAUUUCUGAGAGGGUGCUGGUAGCUGAAGCUCAACUAGGCUAUUAGCUCAACAGUAAGCACGCUCAACUGCCAUGUUGAAAUUAUGGGUUCAAAACCUGGUUGGGAAGGAGUAAGAACAAGAAAUGAAGCGCAACUCGUUGCACAUA